UGAAAACAGAGCCAAACAAGGCGCGCACACGGAGCAUGUAAAAUACACAACCCUAACCUCAAAUUUGGAGUUAACCGAUCAAUCCACGCGGGUUACGAAUGCGUGCGGAUAGCAGUAGCGUAAAAAAAAAAAAAACUCACCUCAAUUAUGAGCGAUUACGAAUUCGAGGGCGGAAGCGACCACGAGGUCUCCGAAAGUCAUUCGAAGCUACUGGAAGCCGUUACACAGCUCGACAAGGGACAGAGGGUGAGAAAGGCCGAGAGAAGCGAGCCGAGUCUUGAGGUCUCGGAGUUUCACUUGGUGCAGAGCGGCGUCGGUCGUGGAAAUGCGGUUCACCUACGAGACCUCGCCAAGGCUCUGGGCAGUCGUGCGACCCAUGCGGAUAUCAGCCGGAAGCUCAGAGCAACCCAGAGAAAGUCCAGGACGCUGUCAAAGCCGCUCGAGAAACCGGCCGCUGCCAGAAUAAAAAGGUCCGUUGGUUUUGAGAAUGUGAAGAAAGAGCUGGGAAAAUGGGACAGCAUUGUAUCGAGAAAUCGAACAGCCGAGCAUCUCCACUUUCCUCUGAAACAGGGUGGCAUGCGGCUAGAAACUUCCAACGAGUUUCUUAAGCGUUUCAAGAUUCAGUCAGAACUGGAAAUGGAACUGGCGGCACUAGAACCUGUUAAAAAAAAACACGAUGAGGAACGGGAGAAUGAGGCACCUAUGAGUCUGGAACAGAUUAUAGAGAGGAGACAAGAAACGGCAAGGUUUAGAGCACAGCAGUCAUACAGAGAGGCGAAGGCUCAUCGCCAAAAUAAAAUAAAGAGCAAGAAAUUUCAUCGUAUUGAAAGAAAGCAGAAAACGAAACAGCAGCUUAAGGAAUUUGAGGAGCUCCAAAAGACUGAUCCAGAGGCUGCUUUAGCCAAACUUGAACUAUUGGAGAAAUCCAGGGCGCAGGAAAGGAUGACUCUGAGGCAUAAGAGCACCGGACAAUGGGCCAAGAACAAGCAAAUCAGAGCCAAAUACGACAAAGAGAGUCGCCAGGACUUGGCUCAACAGCUCUCGAUCAGCAGGGAGUUAACUCAGAAACUUAGAAAUAAUGAAGCUGAAGAGGAUGACGAGGAUGAGGAAGACACAGGCGUCAAACCUCUGACCGAAAGCGAGAAAGAGAAUCCUUGGACAAACAACAUUAAAAAUCAAUCGGAAAUUGAUCAGUUUAUAAGUGGCUAUAGAAAGUACUGGGACGCAAAGAAUGAGGAACAAAAAUCGAAGGAAAGUAAGGAAGUUAACGGCACAAAUGGGCUGCCGGAAACACGGUCGGAAGUCGCGAAUACUUUUGAGGUUCCACAGAUCAAAGAUCAGCCCGCGACGUUGAAUCCGGUAGAGGAAAUUAUUGUAGAAAAUCCGGAACUAAUGUUUGACGAUGGCUCUGAAGAUGAAUCAGGAAAUGAUAGUCAAGAUAAAGAAGAGCUCGUUGAAAAGCCAUUAGAGCUAAUGAAGAAAAAACGAAAAGAUGCUGAAACUCUGGCGACAAAAUCUGCGAAUAAAAAAAGAAACAAAUCGCCCAACAAGAGAAAAUUUAACCAAAGGGUUGAAGCAGCAGGUACUUCGCUUUGGAUUGUGACCCCAUCACCUGGUAUAGAAAUUGAUGAAAUAUUCGACACCGUCACAGCUAAUACGAUCGAAAAAUGUAGUGAAAAAUUAAACAAUAUGAGAGAAGCCUUGUCUCGCGGUGUAAAACAAGAAGUAGACGAGCGAAAGAAGAGAUCGACGAAAGAAUACGAGCCAGAUCUUGGUUUCAAGAAUCAGAAACAGCGGCCGAUAAUCGACGAACAGAUGGUAGAAUCGGUGGGAAGAGGCGAUUCUGCAAAGAAUGACGAAAGGGAGGAGCUUCGGAAGCUGGCCAUCACCAGAAGCACGGGAGUCGAGGCUAAACCUAAAGAGGCGGAAAUAGAUCCGAAUAAGUUCAUAAACGUAAGACCAAAAUAUCUUAAGACGCAAAUGCCAGACGUGGUUACAGGCGGGGACGAGGGGCUGGAUGACAGCGAAGUCGACGAAGCGAUGGAUGACGAAAGGCAUAAUUUGAUAAGCGAAGCGUUCGCGGACGACGAUGUGGUGGACGAAUUCAGACAGGAAAAAAGCGACGAGGUGAAGAAAUCGCUACCCGAAAGUUUGGACCUCACUUUACCCGGUUGGGGUUCCUGGGGUGGGAAAAAUCUGCAAUCAGUAUCGUCGCGCAAGAAGAGGAGAUUCAUACUCAAAUUUCCCAAGGACGCCCCUCGCCGCGACGAAAAUAAAGGAGAUGUGAUCAUUAUCGAGGAGAAGGAUCCUAAGAUAAAGGAGCAUCAAGUGAACGAACUACCGUUCCCAUUCACCAGUGUCAAGGACUUUGAAGCCAGCAUUCGCGCACCCAUAGGCAGAACUUUUGUACCAGAAAACGCGUUUAAAAGGUUAAUCGAACCCAACGUAAAGACAAGGUUGGGUAAAAUAAUUGAACCUAUGGACGAGGAGGCUUUGGUAAGUACAAAGAAAAUGACUAAGAACAAGAGAACGGCGCCACCUCAGAAGAGAGGAAAAUAUUCGAGGAAUAAGAGAGUCAACUUAAAAUCGAGAAAACCGUCAGGUUAAUUGCGAUAAUGAAAUAAGUUAAUCAAUUGCGGAACUAUUAAUUAAUUUUACACCAUCUAUGAUUACAACGAUCUAUUUCAACGGAACUGAAACUAUGUACAUAAUCGUGUAACGGUUGAAUAAAAAAAACUAAAUCUU